AAAAAAAUAAAAUUCAUGUUGUAUUUUCGUGCUGGUAAGUUGAAGUAAACGGAUGUGUAGAUAUAAGAUUGGAAACUGGCCAAUUGGAUAUUGCUUACGGCUGCAAGUGAAGAAUUGAGCAGCCUUUUCUUCCACUUGGAGACGAAGGCAUCAUCUGUGUGACUUCAGUGGACACAGGGCUUGGCUCCAGGUUGCAGCUAGGAUCAAUCUGCAGUGGUGAUUUGGAGUGGGUCAUGGUUCUGCCUGUCUGCCUGUUGUUUAACCCCUGAGAUCUGCUGCCCAGAGUCCUGGGUCUUCCCCCACGCCUUCAGCCUGGAUAGUCCCUUCCCUUCUUAUCCACAGUUUUAGUUACCCACAGUCAACCACCGUCAAUAUGUUAAAUGGAAAAUUCCAGAAAUAAACAAUUCAUAAGAUUUAAAUUGCAUGCCGUGCUGAGUAGCGUGAUGAGAUCGCUCUCUGUCCAGCCCGGGACGUGAAUCAUCCCUUUGUCCAGCGUAUCUAACUCUGUAUAGCUCCCCGCCCAUUAGUAACUUAGUAGCAGUCUCAGUUAUCAGAUCAAUUGUUGCAGUACCACAAAGCUUGUGUUCAAGUAGCCCUAUUUUACUUCAUAAUGGCCCCAAAGCGCAAGAGGAGUGAGACUGGCAAUCCAGAUAUGCCAAAGAGAAGCCGUAAGGUGCUUCCUUUAAGUGAAAAGGUGAAAGUUUUGGACUUAAUAAGGAAAGAAAAGAAAUCCUAUGCUGAGGUUGCUAAAAUCUACGGUAAGAACGAAUCUUCUAUCCGUGAAAUUGCGAAGAAGGAAAAAGAAAUCCGUGCUAGUUUUGCUGUCGCCCCUCAAACUGCAAAAGUUACAGCCACGGUGCGUGAUAAGUGCUUGGUUAAGAUGGAACAGGCUUUAAAUCUGUGGGUGGAAGACAUGAACAGAAAACGUACUCCGAUUGACAGCAACGCGCUGCGCCAGAAAGCAUUGAGCCUAUACGAAGACUUCAGCAAGGGAUCCCCUGAAACGAGUGUCACCAAGCCAUUUACUGCAAGUAAGGGAUGGUUACACAGAUUUAGGAAUAGAUUCUCACAUCAUCAUCAUCAUAAGAAGAAGAAGGGGAUCAUGGCCCAAGUAGCAGUGUCCACGCUGCCUGCUGAAGAUGAGGAGUCCUCAGAGAGCAGGAUGGUGGUGACGUUCCUCAUGUCUGCUCUGGAGUCCAUGUGUAAAGAACUGGCCAAGUCCAAGGCAGAAGUGGCCUGCAUUGCAGUAUAUGAAAAAGACGUGUUUGUUGUUGGAACCGAGAGAGGAUGCGCUUUUGUCAAUGCCAGAAAGGAUUUACAGAAAGAUUUUGCAAAAUACUGUAGAGCUUUCAAUAUGCGAAGAUGUGAGUGUCCAGGAGUACUAUGUAAAGAACUGGCCAAGUCCAAGGCAGAAGUGGCCUGCAUUGCAGUAUAUGAAAAAGACGUGUUUGUUGUUGGAACCGAGAGAGGAUGCGCUUUUGUCAAUGCCAGAAAGGAUUUACAGAAAGAUUUUGCAAAAUACUGUAAAGCCUUAGGGACGACAGCAAUGGUGCCUGUUCCCUAUGAGCAGAUGCUACAAGACCAGGGGGCUGUGGUAGUGCAGGGGCUUCCAGAAGGAGUUGCCUUUCAACACCCUGAGAAUUACGAUCUUGUAACCCUGAAAUGGAUUUUGGAGAACAAAGCAGAGAUUUCAUUCGUAAUAAACAGACCUUUCCUAGGUCCAGAGAGUCAGCUGGGUGGUCAUGUGAUGGUAACAGAUGCUGAGAGAUCAAUAAUAUUGCCAAAUGAAAGCUGUGGCCCCAUCAAUGUGAAAACUGAACCUGUGGAAGAUUCUGGCAUUUCACUGAAAGCAGCAGCUGUGUCAGUCAAGAAAGAAUCAGAAGAUCCUAGUUACUAUCAGUGUAAUAUGCAAGAAAGCCAUCGUUCUUCCACAAGCAAUGAAGUAAUAGAAAUGGAAUUACCAAUGGAAGAUUCUACUCAGCUGGUCCCUUCUGAAACAAAUGAGAACUCUGAAGCUGAGGUGAAAAUUGAAGGAAACACAAAUUCAACCAAUAUUACAAACUCUGCAGCAGGUGUUGAAGAUCUUAACAUCGUUCAGGUGACAGUCCCAGAUAAUGAGAAGGAGAGAUUAUCAAGCAUUGAAAAGAUUAAACAGCUAAGAGAACAAGUCAAUGACCUCUUUAGCCGAAAAUUUGGUGAAGCUAUUGGUGUGGAUUUCCCUGUGAAAGUUCCCUACAGGAAAAUCACCUUCAACCCUGGCUGUGUGGUGAUUGAUGGUAUGCCCCCAGGAGUGGUGUUCAAAGCCCCUGGUUACUUGGAAAUCAGCUCCAUGAGAAGGAUCUUGGAUGCCGCAGAGUUUAUCAAAUUCACAGUCAUUAGACCGCUUCCAGGACUUGAGCUAAGUAAUGUGGGAAAACGAAAGAUAGACCAGGAGGGCCGUGUGUUUCAAGAAAAGUGGGAGAGAGCGUAUUUCUUCGUGGAAGUGCAGAAUAUUCCUACAUGUUUAAUAUGCAAACAGAGCAUGUCUGUGUCCAAAGAAUACAACCUAAGGCGCCAUUAUCAAACCAACCACAGCAAGCACUAUGACCAGUAUACUGAAAAGGUGCGUGAUGAGAAGCUUCAUGAGCUAAAAAAAGGGCUCAGGAAGUAUCUCUUAGGGUCAUCAGAAAUUGAGUGUCCUGAACAAAAACAAUUGUUUGCAAAUGUGAAUCCAACUGAAAACACUGUUGUGCAGCCCGUAGAAGAUGUGGCUGGGAACUUAUGGGAGAAGUUACGUGAAAAAAUCAAGUCAUUUGUAGCAUAUUCUAUUGCGAUCGAUGAGAUCACAGAUAUAAAUAAUACCACGCAGUUGGCCAUAUUCAUCCGUGGUGUCGAUGAGAAUUUUGAUGUGUCUGAAGAACUUUUGGAUACGGUGCCCAUGACAGGUACAAAAUCUGGAAAUGAGAUAUUUUUGCGUGUUGAGAAAAGUCUUAAAAAGUUCAAUAUCGACUGGUCAAAAUUAGUAAGCGUGGCCUCCACUGGCACUCCAGUGAUGGUGGAUGUAAGUAAUGGACUUGUCACCAAGCUGAAGUCCAAGGUGGGAAUGUCUUGCAAGGGCUCAGAACUUAAGUCCAUUUGUUGCAUUAUUCACCCAGAAUCACUUUGUGCUCAAAAGUUAAAGAUGGACCAUGUCAUGGACGUGGUAGUUAACUCUGUGAAGUGGAUAUGCUCCCGUGGGCUGAACCACAGUGAGUUCACAACCUUGCUUUAUGAACUGGACAGCCAAUAUGGCAGCCUUUUGUACUACACAGAGAUUAAGUGGCUCAGUCGUGGGCUGGUGCUGAAGAGAUUUUUUGAAUCGUUGGAAGAAAUCGAUUCCUUCAUGUCAUCCCGAGGAAAACCCCUGCCUCAACUGAGCUCUCGAGAUUGGAUCAGAGACCUGGCCUUCUUGGUUGAUAUGACGAUGCAUCUGAACACUUUGAAUAUAUCCCUCCAAGGGCAUUCACAAAUUGUUACGCAAAUGUACGACCUGAUUCGGGCAUUCCUAGCAAAACUGUGUCUAUGGGAGACUCAUUUGGCCAGGAAUAAUCUGGCCCAUUUUCCCACACUGAAAUCAGUCUCCAGAAAUGAAAGUGAUGGCCUGAACUACAUUCCCAAAAUUGUGGAAUUGAAGACUGAAUUCCAGAAAAGGUUGUCUGAUUUCAAACUCUAUGAAAGUGAACUGACCCUGUUCAGCUCUCCGUUCUCCAUGAAGAUUGAUAGUGUGCACGAAGAACUGCAGAUGGAGGUUAUUGAUCUGCAAUGCAACACAGUGCUGAAAACAAAAUACGACAAGGUCGGGAUACCAGAAUUCUACAAACACCUGUGGAGCAGCUACCCGAAAUACAAAACCCACUGUGCCAGGAUGCUCUCCAUGUUUGGGAGUACCCACAUUUGUGAACAGCUGUUUUCCAUUAUGAAACUAAGUAAAAUGAAAUACUGCUCCCAGCUAAAGGACCCCCCGUGGGACUCCGUGCUGCACAUUGCAACAUGACAGAAAAAACUGGCAGUGACCUGUGUUGUGUAGGACUGAAUCUUCUAGGCCCAAGGGAUUGUGAGAUGAGAAAAUGAAUCUGCAAAUAUUUUGUUUUCAGUUUUUUUCACUUUGAACCGGAAAUGUAACUUGCAGUAUCACACCUGUUUGUAUGACAUUUUAUGCUUCACCAUAGUUCAGUAAAAAUCAAGAAAGUUUUAUUGUA